CUAUCGAUACUAUCGAUCACAGUCGCAAUGCAGCCGUGUCCAACCACCCCCAAAAGAAAAAGAAAAUACACAAAAAACAAGAAAUACACAAGAAACAAGAAGACGGUGGCGCAGCGGAUUACAGAGUGGUCCCUGUCGCAGUGAACGGCAAUUGAACGGCUUCGGCACUCUCCGCCGCACCUGGCGAGCACCUGCCUGGGUAGAAGGAGCACCUGGCAAUGGCCGGAGACAUGUCCAUCGGAUGCGCGGCUCUGAAGCGGUCCAGCAAGCAUGUGCCCAGCGGAGAACUGGCGAAGGACAAGGAGAACGGUGACGGUGGCCUGACUAAGGUUCCUCCGGUGGCUCCACAAAAUAUGCGUGGUGGCCUAAGAGUCUACAAGAUCGUCAUCUUGGGUGACGGUGGUGUGGGCAAGUCAGCUGUCACUUUGCAGUUCGUGAGCCACAGUUUCCUCGACUACCACGACCCCACGAUUGAGGACUCGUACCAGCAACAGGCGGUCAUUGACAAUGAAGCGGCAUUGCUGGAUAUACUCGACACCGCCGGCCAGGUUGAGUUCACGGCCAUGCGGGACCAAUACAUGCGCUGCGGUGAAGGUUUCAUUAUUUGUUACUCGGUCACUGACCGCCACAGUUUCCAGGAAGCUUCCGAAUACAGGAAACUAAUAACCCGGGUGCGCCUCUCCGAGGACAUCCCACUGGUGUUGAUCGCCAAUAAGGUGGACCUGGAAUCCCAGCGCCGCGUCACCACCGAGGAGGGCAAAAACCUGGCCAACCAGUUUGGCUGUCCCUUUUUCGAGACCUCGGCAGCAUUGCGGCACUACAUCGACGAAGCGUUCUACACACUUGUCCGCGAAAUCCGUCGCAAGGAGCUUCAAAAAGCCCUGGGCACAGACUCCAGCUCGGAGAAGAUCCAUACACGCCAUCGCAGUCGCUGGUGGCGCAUUCGCUCUAUUUUUGCUUUGGUAUUUAGGCGUAGGCGGAACCUCAACUAGGCUCGACCAACCUUGAGUGCAAUAUUAGCCACACAAACACACAAAAGAGUAACUUUUUUGCUGUAUCUAAGAUAGUUGUUAUUGAUCGUCAAUCAGAUAUUUAUUUAUUAUUUGUUAUUACAAAACUAUUUAACUUACUUGUUGGCCAGUAAAAUGGGAAUGUGUAGAGCAGAUACGUUUAAGCACUGAUCCAAAAGAUACGUAUUAACCAUGCACGUACAUAUGUUUAUGUAGUAAAUAUAAAUAAUAACGUUGAUUCCUAUUGAAAGGGCGAUUGGCAGGCAGGAAGAGCGACAGCCGGACGACCAAUAAUGCGGGCAAUUGCUGCAGAAAUAUUAGCCAAGUGGGGAGAAUUUUAAACUUAUGUAUGAACGUAUUACUAAAGAUACACUUACAAAAAACAUGACACACAUUUAACUAAUCGAAUAAAUGUUGAAUUUAAUGUAAACUAAUAUUAUAAAGCGAUCGAUCGACCGAUCGAUGGAACACUAGUACCAAUAACAAUACCAGAGAGCUUUGUUCAAACCCCCAACCCAAAUGAAUUAAUUAAUGUAACGCGAAGUGUAUGCGUAAUUUAAGCCCAAAGCAGCCGAUUGCAUUUGUUGUUUAAGUUUGAGACAUGUUUAUUGUUUUAAUUUUAAGGAACCAUGUUUACACCUAAGUUUAUUUAUUAUAGUUUAAAAAUCUGUUAAUUACUUUUACACGACACGUUCUAUGACAAAUACUUACCAUGAGUUCCUUUCAUCAAUGUUAACUGCUGUAUCAGAACUCAUACCACCCGACAUUUGCUGGAUGACCCCGAGUCCUUGGGGACAGUUGGUCGGGCCUACCGCUAUUAUCACUCUCCUCUCCAAAAAAACAAUAUUCCGACCAACAGAAUCCAAAACAGAAUGUAAAGAUGCUUAUAAAGUGACAUGGGAGAUGAUGUCGAAGGAACUAUAUUUUCAGGUCGUUUUGAAAACGGCAGACUGGUUCAGACAGCGAUGCCAAUAAUGAUUGUAUCACAUAAUCGAAAGAAAUUCAGUGUAACAUUUUGAUUCAUAAUGUUAUGUACAUUUUAAAUGUAAAAAAAAAAAUGGAAUACUAAAGCACAAAAUAAAAAUAAAAAAAAAACAUGAGUUAUGAUUUAUUUUUGAAUUUAAAUCCCCCUCCCCCACAUCCAUAAUAAAGUAAUCUUUUAAACCAAGAGUAGAUCAAAUUUACUGUUUAUUUAUAAGUAUAUGUAUAGUUUGGUUGUAUCUGUUGCAUCUUAGAGUUUUUCAACUUCUGCGUGAGAAUUACACGAUUGACGGUACAAAAUACAAAAAAGAAAUGUAGUAUCUAUCUUUUUUUUUCAUGUUUUCCACUCGUUUUAAUGCAAAGUACAAAUAUUAAAAAUCCGCUUAAUGCGCUCGAAAUAGUUGGUUUCACUUUAAUCAAAAUCAUCAUCAUCAUCUUCAUUCAUUUGUUUUGUUUUUUUAUUUUUUCAUCCCACGCGAAAACUGAAUGCAUCUCAUUUGUGGCUUACGUUUAGUUUUAAAUAAACAUUUAUCGUUUUGUUUUUGUGUUUUUAGUUCGGUUCGUGUAAUGUAGUUUCACUUGCUUGCUUAGCGCUGUCUCAGAUAGAUUUAAAGGGAACAUUACUUUCGCAUCUCAUAGCUUUCUCGCCGCCUGCCACCUGCCGCCCUGCACAAGUCUAACUAGAUCCACUGAUAAUAAUACACCUGCCCACAGUUUACAAUUUACUCAUCCUGCUGGACUGGACCACUUAAUCACAAUGACACACCAAAUGGAGCUGGACAUAAACGGAUACAACUUCUGAAUAUGUUUACAUAUAUCGAUAUAUAUUUGCUUGCAGUGGCUGACUGAUCGAUCUGCUCUCUGCCCUAGGUUACAAAUAAUAAUGCCAUAGUUAUUACUGUUUACUUUUUUUUCGGUUUAUAACUACACUAGACUGUAUAUAAAAUCAAAUCCG